GCGUGUUGUCCACGCGCCGCCCUCUGCUCACCGAAAAGUCGCCGCGCCACCUCCAUAGCUGUCGCCCUCUGCUCCUCUGUCCGUUCUGCCCCUCAAAAUUCUACUUUGGUGUGUCCAGAAGCUCCCCUUUAAGAAAACCCUAAGGAACCCUUUAGGGUUUUCUGGUUCUUCACGGUAUUUCUGGUUUUUCUGGUUCCUUUUCCUGUUUUUUAUCAAAGAAUGGCGUCUGGAAGUGCUCUUUCUUUCUCUGGAAGUCCCUCAAUCACUUCCGAAAAGCUAAAUGGAAAGAAUUAUCUGUGUUGGUCUGCUGCUGUGGAAAUGUGGUUCCUUGGUCAAGGACAUUAUGACCACCUUGAGCAGGAUGGGAGCCAAGUUCCUUCUGACAAAGCUGAAAAAUGGAAACAAGCUGAUUUCCAAUUGUAUGCCCUAUUGUGGCAAUCUGUGGAACCACGGCUUUUGAUAUCUCUGAGAGCGUUCAAGACAUGUUACACUUUUUGGAAGAAAGCUCAAAGCAUUUAUGCUAAUGAUAUUCAACGUCUCUAUGAUACCGCAAACAAGCUCGCCUGUCUCAAAAUGACAGACCAUGAUAUGGUCUCCUUCAUGACUGAAGCCCAAGCAGCUGUGGAAGAAUUGAGAAUGUUCUUGGAAGUGGAAUCUUCAGAAGAUAUCAAAAAGAAGCUUGACAAGUAUUAUAUGGUGAUGAUCCUCCGUGCUUUGCAUCCAGAUUUGAAUCACAUCAGAGAUCAACUUCUCACAAGUCAUGAGGUCCCCUCCUUGGAAGCCUUGACCACACGUCUUCUUCGUGUUCCGGUGUCUCAGUCUCAGGAAGCUCAUGAAACAAUGGAACCAUCUCUCAUGGUUGCCACGCGAGGAAGAGGAGGACGUGGCACUAGAGGAGGAGGACGUGGAGGUCGAGGACGUCCACAGCUUGCAUUUCUCAAUCCAUGGAAGGUCUAAAUUCAUGGGUAAUUGACUCGGGUGCUUCUGAUCACAUUUCUGGAGCGUGGCUCGGGGAGACAGAUUGGAGAAGGAUAUGAAGCUGGAGGUUUAUACCAUUUUGGAUCUCGUCCACGGGUAUCUUGUGUUGCAGCUCUUCCCCCUAAAGUGUUACAUGAUCGGUUUGGCCAUCCUCACUUGUCAAAGUUAAAAAAGAUGUGUCCUGAACUUAGUGGUCUUCAGACUUUGGAAUGUGAGUCAUGUCAACUAGGAAAACAUGUUAGAUCUGUCUUUCCUAAACGGUCUCAAUCAAUGUGUACUUCUAGUUUCUCUAUUAUUCAUUCUGAUGUCUGGGGACCUAGUCGCGUCUCUUCUUUUGGUUUUAGGUAUUUUGUUACUUUUAUUGAUGAGUAUUCUAGAUGUACUUGGGUUUAUCUAAUGAAAGAUCGCUCUGAAUUGUUACCCAUUUUCACAUCUUUUUUGAAUGAAAUCAAGAACCAAUUUGGUCACGUAAUUAAAGUCUUAAGAAGUGAUAAUGCUAAAGAGUAUUUCUCAUCAACUUUUUCUUCACU